AUGGCGAAGGGGCUGUGGGGUUUAGUCGCACUCCUGCAGCAUGCGUCUGCAUUUUACGUGCCAGGAGUUGCGCCAAUCGACUUCGCUCAAGAAGACAAAGUUGAAAUCAAAGCUGUUAAAAUGACUUCUUCAAAGACACAACUGCCAUACGAGUACUACUCACUUCCUCUUUGUAAGCCGGAAAAAGUUGUUUACCAGACAGAAAAUCUCGGAGAAGUCCUCCGCGGUGAUAGAAUCGUCAACACUAACUACGAUGUGCGAGUUGGAGUCGACCAGGAGUGCACAAUCCUCUGCACUCAACCAAUUACUUCUGAAGAGCGAGACGCUUUCGUCAAGAAAAUCAAGGAAGCAUACACUGUUCACCUCCUCGCUGACAAUCUCCCCAUUGCCACCAAAUGGAAACUUGAAGACGAUGUAACACAAUACGAGCAUGGAUACAAACUCGGUAUCGUCGAUGGCGAAGAUUUAUUCAUCAAUAACCACUUGGAGCUCAACAUCAAGUACAACAAACAAUUCGACGACGUCCUUGGCGAGCAGUAUCGAGUUGUUGCAUUCGAAGUCAGUCCGAAAUCCGUAGCUACAACUAACCCAGGCGACGACAACUCUUGCUCGAUCGAUGUCAACGAUAAACACAUGAAAAUUGAUGAUACGGUCUCUCAAAUUAGCUUUAGCUACUCUGUUCAUUGGGAAGAGUCACAGAUCCGAUGGGCGUCAAGAUGGGACACUUAUUUGGAAAUGGGAGAUGUUCAGAUUCACUGGUUUUCGAUUGUCAACUCCAUCGUUGUUGUCUUCUUCCUUGCUGGUAUUCUCGCCAUGAUCAUCGUCAGGACGCUUCGCCGCGACAUCGCCCAGUACAACAAGGAGGAUGACGAACUGGACGAGGCGAUGGAAGAAACUGGCUGGAAACUUGUCCACGGCGACGUUUUCCGACCACCGCAGUACUCUUCAAUCUUGUGCGCAUUUAUUGGCUCAGGAGUACAAAUUGGCCUUAUGGCUAUGAUCACUAUCGUUGUUGCUAUGUUUGGAAUGCUUUCGCCGUCAGCAAGAGGCUCUCUUGUCACAGCUGGUUUUUUCUUGUUUAUGUUUAUGGGCAUCUUCUCUGGAUAUUUCUCUGGGCGACUUUACAAAACAGUCCGGGGCCAGAGCUGGAAGAGCGCAGCGAUUUGGACGGGUCUUCUCUACCCAAGCAUCACUUUUGGAACUUGUUUCCUUCUCAACUUCUUCAUCUGGGGCCAGAAGUCUUCUGGCGCUGUUCCUUUCACAACAAUGCUCGCUAUUCUCUGCAUGUGGUUCGGUGUUUCGCUCCCUCUCGUCAUGACUGGUUAUUACUUCGGCUUCAGAAAGCAGCCUUACGAAGCGCCCGUCCGAACAAACCAGAUCCCUCGACAGGUGCCAGACCAACCAUGGUACAUGAAUUCGUUCGUUUCUCUUCUUAUGUCUGGAGUGCUCCCGUUUGGUGCAGUAUUUAUUGAGCUCUUCUUCAUCUUCACGGCCCUAUGGGAAAACGAAUUUUAUUAUCUCUUCGGAUUCCUUUUUCUUGUGUUUAUCAUCCUCAUCAUCGCUUGCUCUCAAAUCGCCAUCGUCAUGGUUUACUUCCAGCUCUGCGCCGAAGACUACAACUGGUGGUGGAGGAGCUUCUUCGUCGGUUCGGGAAGCGCAUUCUACGUCUUCCUUUAUUCAAUUUUCUACUUCUACACCAAGCUCGAGAUCACCUCGUUCGUGCCAACUCUUUUGUAUUUUGGCUACACGGCUCUGAUUACGUUGACGUUCGCAAUUUUCACGGGCACGAUUUCAUUCUACGCCUCCUUCGCCUUCAUCAACAAGAUCUACGGCCAGAUCAAGAUCGACUGA